AUGUUGUUUGCGGCUUAUGUGACGAGGAUCACGGUGUUGAAGCACAGGGCGACGGCCGAGAGGAGCCGCAGCCGCACGUUUGGCAGCCGGGCAAGACGAGGGGCGCGCACAGCCGCGAGGGGCAGAGACAAGGAGAACGACAGGAACUCUGAUGGCACAGGUCAGCAGCGGUUCUCGAGGGGCACGCAGGUUCUGGCGUCUGGCGACGAGGCAGGCGGCGGCAUCAGGGACGAGACGUACUACUCAGGAUUCAUUUUCGCGGUGAGAGGCGAGAUGGGCGGCGGGUUUGGUGAGAAGCGGCGGAGGGGCCAGGAGACAAGGGAGAUAUCAGCCGCGACCAGCAAGUCGGGAGUUGAGGAUCGAUAUCAAGGGGCUCGAGGGCGAUAG